AGUGUUCGGACAACACUGCGUAAGUUAAAGAUUAUAAAGGCUGACCUGUGUUUUCCGACUUGGUGAGAAGUUAGUGCCUAGUUUUUGUCAGACUGACAAGAGUUUGUUUACAGCAAGAAGGUACUUCGUUAAUGAAUUAUCUGCCAAUUUAGUUUGUUUUCUAGCAAUACCUAGUCUACCUUCGACCAUGCCUUACAUUUACAUAGAAACGGCAAAGGAGAAGUUAUGUCAUGGAGCAAAGUUACUUUCAAGUGGCUUGUGCAACAACACUCUCACGGCCAGCGCUUUACGAGCAGAUCCCCUGAAAGUAGACCCCCACCGUACUGUUCGAGUGGUUUUUCCUGACCAGUCCACUGAUGCCAUUAUUUACGUCACGGUAGUUAUCGUUUUCUACGCCGCCAUAAUUCUGAUCCUGGUUGGUACCAAUCUACACCGUUUUCGACGAAAUGGCAGUACUAGGAACAACAGUCCUUCUGAUGAUGAAGAAGAAAGUGUGGAGCUGGAAGAAAAGAGACACCUAGUGGUUCAUCUCGACAAAAAUGCUCGUGUCUAUCAAACGAUCACUCCUGAAAAAUUAAAUGAGUUGGCUUUGUGACUUCACCCCUGGAGAAAACGUGACGAAAUAUCAGAACAUUGGUCAUAUUUCUAACAAAAUAUAUCACAGAAGCUCCACAAGAGCUGACAAAGUUCGAAUUUCUUUGAUUUUGAAGUAUCUAGCGAUAAUAUCUUGAGAAGUAUCAUUUAUGUUAGCAAAACAGUAUUAAUGGAACAAGUUUUAAGUUAUUAUGGUAAUGUGAUCCCGUUACUUAACUAAAUAUAUAUUUUAUACAACUUAAACAAGAAAUGAAUUGUUGUAACUUUCCUGAAAAAUUUAAGGA